UUAUGCUAUAAGCUUAAGAAGUACUAACAAUGGAUAUUAUAUAAAAUUUUCAAAUGCAGCAGUCUUUUACAGUCAUUGCUGUCUAGCAAUAUCCUGUAUUGGUGUUAUUAUAAUUUUUAUUGUGGAUACGGUUGCUUUUGAUGAACUUUCUAAAAGCAAAUUAAUUGAAAUAAUUUUAGUAUUUAGCAUGAGUUUUAUAUUAUCUAAAACAAUUAUAACGAGAACAAAGUUAAUGCUUGAGCACACAACAAAUUUGAUUAAGAUAGAUGAAAAAUUAUGCGGGAUAAGGAAACAAAAACAAUUACCAAGAUACAAAUAUUUUUUGCUACAUAUUAUAACUUUAACAUUUAUUUCGUGCUAUCUUCUGAUACUUUGUUUGAGUGCGAAAUUAAAGUCACAAAAAAUAACUGACUACUUUUACAUGUUGAUCAAUUAUCAACAUUUUUAUCUAUAUAUGUUUGAAUUAUCAUUGGCUGCGAUUAAAAUAAAAAUAUAUAAAUGUUUGAAAAACAUGAGGGUCUUUUUGAACAUUCAGUUUGAGUUAUUAAUAUCCGAUGAGAAUGAUAUUACUCUAUUAACCGCUUGGAAUUUCAAACACAUGAAUAUUCACAAUGUGAUAAGUGCUUAUAUUGAAAUAUGCAAAAUAACGGAUCAAGUUAAUGAAACAAGCGAAACAAUUACAAUCUUUUCAAUAUAUACAAUAAUGUAUUACUUUACACUAGGAGUUUGUACUGUGAUCACUUUGUUUAAUAAUGACAAAGCUGUUUUGGGUAUGAAUACUAAUAUAUUUACGAUAUACUUCUUUAUUCUAUUUGCAAUUCGAUUUAUGUUAUUUGUUGAACCUUCCUAUUUGAUGUCUAUAGAGGCUAAACGUGUACGGGUGCUAUUAAGUAAAUUUAUGUGUUACACAACAUCAGUGGGAAAGCGAUCCGUUUGCCAAUUUGAGAUUUUGAAGCAGCUUCGGAAUUUAGAACCAAGCUUUACUCCUUUAGGAUUGUUUACCCUGAAUAGAUCUUUCAUAACCACGGUUCUUGGUGUUAUUCCGAAUUAUCUGGUAAUGGCCUUCGAACAUCUGCAUAUAAUUUUGAAUUUUGUAAGCUUCAGCAGAACUAAAUCUCCUAGUUAAGAAUUACAUUUCCAAUGUUUAGUUCAUUAAAAGAAUUACAAACAUGUAGCAUGUAAGAAGCCUAGUCCUUUUUUCAAGAUGAAGAUAUGUUUUUAGUUGGAGUAUACGGCUUUUAUGUUUUAUACAUUAUAUAUACAUAGCCUUUUCAUAUAAUAAAAAGUUGUUUAACAAAACUUAGUAUUGAAAUUAUCUAUGAAAGUGACGAAUUAGUCUUUGACAGUUAUUACUGAUAACAGCUUGUCACCACCUAGAAGGUUGAACUUAUAGAAUUAAAAGACCACUUGCAGCAAGAUCGUCUUUAAUUUAAAAAUUUUAACAUCAAUUUAUUUUGAGUUAUAUAUUAUUGUAGACUUCUGUCAGUAGCCGUGCCUAUUAUUAGGACUUCGACAGGCUAAUAUUAUAAUAUUAUUAGUGUUUGCAAACACCUCUGUUAUCUAAACUAUUUCAAUAGCUAUUUUAUAUAGGUCAAUAGAUUCAAAUUGGGUAUAAAAUGCUCAGCU